AUGUCUGCAGGCAGCAAUAAGCUAGAUAAGAAACUGACAGCAUCCUCCGCAACACUAUCUGACAAAGAUCCGCGUGAUAUUUCCAACAAUGGCUUCAAUCGCUUCGACCCGAAAUAUGUUAGUAUAGGACCAAAAGCAAUCCGCAGCACGGUCAACAACGUAACAGCAAAUGUAAACAAGUGUGCUACUCUGCGGCAUGGUGGGCGUUAUGGUGGUUCGCUAAGCGUGAGUGCCGGUAUUGGAGGCAGUGGUGGCCAUCAAGCAGUGGCAGGUUUGGGUGGUGCUCGGUCGGGCACAAGCCCGAGUCCGAAUCUCAAAAACGUUCAGCAACCAAUGUUGAGCCAAAGCCAAACACAGCAAUAUAAGCAGCAUCAUCAGGAUCGGCAGCUGUCGUCCUCGGGAACUACUGCACCGGGAAUGAUCGUCGGGGGCGGAUCAGACCGAACUGAACAAAAGCUCGCUAUUUCAACAGUGUCUAAAGAAUACAGCCAACAGUCUUACUCGUGCGCCACACUGCCAUACAAAAAGCCCGGAAGCGGAUACACCGAAACAACGACUGCACCGGCAACAGUAACCACAUCGAUACUGAAGAAGGAAAGCAAUCUGGAUAAUCAACACAACCAGCGUUAUGCUCCAACGGUAUACAGCAUCGAUACCUCCGCCUAUCACCACCAGAGGGAAAGCAGUGGAAGUGGUUUUCAUCAUCACUCGCAACCGUCACAUCACCAACAAUCCCUGACACAGACGCAACAGCCGCAGCAGUAUCAACAACAGCAAACACACCACAGAUCGCUGUCGAGCACAAAUCAGUUGUAUCAGGAGACGGGUGCAGGUUCGGUGUUUGCCAGCCCGCCACCCUCAAUUGCGUCGACUGCCACGACACGUUCAAAUGUGUCGAUCAUUAACCAACCGCUGCCAGACAUACCAACCAAUGCUGGCGGUGGCGGCAGUAGUAACGCGGCGGGCAAUUCGAUCAAAAACAGCCAACAGCCACUAUGUGCUGCCACGCUUAAUCAGUAUCGGUCACUGCAAAGACCACACAAGCAACAAACGGGUAGCAGCGGUCUUUCUGCCCUAACGACACCGACGGGACUCGGAAAACCCACCGUUCCGCCCAAGGUGACCCCACCGAUGUUGCCCCCGAAGAACCGACACAAAGACGAUUCGCAGUACCAGAGUAAAUCGGCAGCGAUGGCGUCUGGUUCGGGCGGGUCCGUCAUUAACCCUCCACUGCCAUCUUCACGGCCACAACAACCGUUACCUCAACCACCACCACCACCGCCAAUUCAGUCGCUUCACCAUCACCAUACCCCGGUAGGAGGACAGCAGGGUAAAUCUUCUUACGGUGGCAGCAGUGGUAUGAGUAUAUCGAGCAAUUUUAAUGCCAUCCAGCAACAGUUGCAAAAUCAGCUUCAUUUCAAGCAGUACCAUCAACUUACGCAGCAACCGUGGCAACGAGAGCAGCUACCCCAGCAAUCUGGACCGAACGUGAAUGUUCCGAACAGUAGCACUUUUGCAAAUUAUGAUCGUCAGCAGACUGGUCUCAGCUCGAACAGUCGUAACCGUUCGUAUUCCGGAGGUAGUAGUAGCAUCGACCAACCACCACACCCCAAACCGAGCAAUAUUGAAAAGGCCAAGAGCCAUCACCAUUCGACGUCCACAGCAGCUCCGGCGCCCGGUGGAGGAGGAUCAAUGGUGGCAAAUUAUCAGACUCUUCCGAAAAAUCACCAUCAUCACCAUUAUCCGCAACAGCAACCACAGCAGCAACAGCAACAGCAACAACAACAGCAACAGUACCUACAACAUGGUCAAUCGAGUUCAUUCGGUUCCACGAGCAGUGCUGGUCAAAAUCAGCCGCAACCGAAGAGCAUCCUCAGUAAAACACGUCCUAACGAAACGAGAGAACGGGAGCAGCGUGAGCGUGAAAGAGAACAACGGGAAAGGGACCGUGAUCAUCAUCGCGAACGAGAUCGCGAUAGAGAACGUGACCGGGAUAUGGAUCGAGAUCGGGAUCGUGAGCGGGAUCGGGAGCGGAAUCGGGAUCGGGAUCGGGAUCGAGAUCGAGAUCGAGAUCGAGAUCGAGAUCGAGACCGUGAUCGUGAUCGGGAUCGAGACCGUGAUCGGGAUCGCGAUCGAGACCGAGAUAGGGAGCGGAAUCGAGACCGCGAACAUCGUGAACGAGACCGCGAACGCGAUAGGGACAGAGAACAUCGAGAUCGAGAUCGUGAACGAGAAAAGGAUCAAAACCGAGACCAUGACCGCGCCGAACGAAGUCACCAUCAUCGAUCUAGUCAUGAGUAUCAUCACGAUUCUAGCCACGGCACGCAAACCAACAGCAAAAAUCCGAACGUCUACUAUCGUUCACUGCAGCGUGGUGGUUUGCAAGCAAAUAAUGAUCUCUACUCUGUAACAGAAUUGUGAGAAAGGUUUGAUUUUUAAGUUUGUUCUUAUGCAACUUAAGUUCGACUUAAUCAACCCAUACCACA